CCAGAGCCGGCGCGUGCGUCCGUCGGUCUGCGGGGCAGUCUGUCCGCGCGCGGAAAGCCCAGCGCCCCGGCGUGCGGCGGCCGCGGGGCCUGGGAGGGAAAGGGCGCGGAGGCGGGACCGCGGCUCCCUCCCACUCCGGGGGGAGCCCAGGAGGCGGCGGUGCGAAGCGCCAGCGGAGAACCAGGCAGCACAGCGGAGAAGGCGGUCGCGAGCACGAGUGGGGUGGGGCGUGCCCACGGGCCCCCGCCCCCCUCGUCCCCCCCGCCCAGCUCCAGAGCCGCAGCCGGGCCCGCGGGCCAGGGGUACGCGGCGCACCCUCCCCGGUGCGUUCUUCGGCCACCCAGGCCUACCAGGACGCCGUGUGGAGCAGGAACCAGGGGGACUGGGACGCCCCCUUCAGCAGGAGCCGUCGGAGGGGCGGACCCGAGACCAGGCGAGCAGCCCCACUGGAGCCAGGCGCAGGGUCUGGGACGCAGUCGGGAGCGCAGAGGGCCGGCUGGGCGCCGCAGAGCCAGCAGCAGGCUGGCCCGGCCCUCCUGGGUGACAGGCCCUGCGUGGCCGGCUGGGAAGAAGUGACUGGAGACCAGCAGGGAAGAGACUGGACCUAGAGUAGGGGCGGCUGCCUCACUCCCUUUCUGAGCCCAGGGAGCCAAGGAAUUUAGAGCAGCGUUUCCCCAUCACAAAAAAGACACUUGCUUUUCAGAGCAGCGCCUUUAUCUGAGACAGCGCUGGGGGAAGGGGUCCUUGGAGCCUGGAGCUGCACCCCGCACUCUUUUCACUGAGGCCUUGGGGCUCAGAGAGGACUCCGAGUUAGAAAGGAGGCCAGUUGGCUCUUGCUGCCCCCCUCCCUGGGGAGAGAGGAAGUUCCCUGCCUGCCUCCAGGCCCAGGAGGAGCUGGGCCGCUAAGAGUGGGGUCCUGGCCCCUGAGGCUGCAGCAGCGGCCAUGUCAAGGCCAGGCCAGGGGGUGAUGAUGCCCGGGAGCGGGCUGGGCUUCCCACCGCAGAAUGUGGCCCGGGUGGUGGUGUGGGAGUGGCUAAAUGAGCACAGCCGAUGGAGGCCUUACACGGCCACCGUGUGCCACCACAUCGAGAAUGUGCUCAAGGAGGACGCCCGCGGUUCCGUGGUCCUGGGGCAGGUGGACGCCCAGCUGGUGCCCUACAUCAUCGACCUGCAGUCCAUGCACCAGUUUCGCCAGGACACAGGCACCAUGCGGCCCGUGCGGCGCAACUUCUACGACCCGUCGUCGGCGCCGGGCAAGGGCAUCGUGUGGGAGUGGGAGAACGACGGCGGCGCGUGGACGGCCUACGACAUGGACAUCUGCAUCACCAUCCAGAACGCCUACGAGAAGCAGCACCCGUGGCUCGACCUCUCGUCGCUCGGCUUCUGCUACCUCAUCUACUUCAACAGCAUGUCGCAGAUGAACCGCCAGACGCGCCGCCGCCGCCGCCUGCGCCGCCGCCUGGACCUCGCCUACCCGCUCACCGUCGGCUCCAUCCCCAAGUCGCAGUCGUGGCCCGUGGGCGCCAGCUCGGGCCAGCCCUGCUCGUGCCAGCAGUGCCUGCUGGUCAACAGCACGCGCGCCGCCUCCAACGCCAUCCUGGCCUCGCAGCGCCGCAAGGCGCCCCCCGCGCCCCCGCAGCCGCCGCCGCCGCCGCCGGGAGGGCCGCCGGGCGCGCUCGCCGUGCGCCCCAGCGCUACCUUCGCGGGCGCCGCGCUCUGGGCCGCGCCCGCCGCCGGCCCCGCCGAGCCGGCGGCGGCCCCGCGGAGCCCGAGCGCCCCCGGCGGCGCGCCCACCCCGGGGCAGAACAACCUCAACCGGCCCGGGCCCCAGCGCGCCACCAGCGUGAGCGCACGCGCCUCCAUCCCGCCGGGGGUCCCCGCGCUCCCGGUGAAGAACUUGAACGGUACCGGGCCGGUCCAUCCGGCCCUAGCAGGGAUGACCGGGAUCCUGCUGUGUGCGGCGGGCCUGCCCGUGUGCCUGACGCGGGCCCCCAAGCCCAUCCUGCACCCGCCGCCCGUGAGCAAGAGCGACGUCAAGCCCGUGCCCGGCGUGCCCGGGCUGUGCCGCAAGACCAAGAAGAAGCACCUCAAGAAGAGUAAGAACCCCGAGGAUGUGGUCCGAAGGUACAUGCAGAAGGUGAAGAACCCGCCCGAUGAGGACUGCACCAUCUGCAUGGAGCGCCUGGUCACAGCAUCCGGUUACGAGGGCGUGCUUCGGCACAAGGGCGUGCGGCCCGAGCUUGUGGGCCGCCUGGGCCGCUGCGGCCACAUGUACCACCUGCUGUGCCUCGUGGCCAUGUACUCCAAUGGCAACAAGGAUGGCAGCCUGCAGUGCCCCACCUGUAAGGCCAUCUAUGGAGAGAAGACGGGCACUCAGCCGCCCGGGAAGAUGGAGUUCCACCUCAUCCCCCACUCGCUGCCGGGCUUCGCUGACACCCAGACCAUCCGCAUUGUCUACGACAUCCCCACAGGCAUCCAGGGCCCCGAGCACCCCAACCCAGGCAAGAAGUUCACCGCAAGAGGCUUCCCGCGCCACUGCUAUCUGCCCAACAAUGAGAAGGGCCGGAAGGUGCUGAGGCUGCUCAUCACCGCCUGGGAGCGGAGACUCAUCUUCACCAUCGGCACGUCCAACACCACGGGAGAGUCGGACACUGUGGUGUGGAACGAGAUCCACCACAAGACCGAGUUUGGGUCCAACCUCACAGGCCACGGCUACCCGGACGCUAGCUACCUAGACAACGUGCUGGCCGAGCUCACAGCCCAGGGCGUGUCCGAGGCUGCAGCCAAGGCCUGAGGCCAGAGGCUGCCCACCUUCCCUCCUGCUUGGCCCCCUGGUCCGGCACUUGCCUCCCUCCGCCAGGUGUGUCCUGGUGGCCCAGGUUCAGGGCUGGGGAGGAGCCUGCAGAAGGAGCCAGAAGCUUUCUGGAGAUGUGGCUGGAGGUAGUUGGAAUAUGCUGGGAGGAUGGCAGGCCAGCCGGCUCCGACUUGUAGCUUCCCGAGAGGGUGGCAGAGAGAGUACCAGGAACCACAGCAACCUCCCUACCAAAAAGACAGAGCCCCACCCCCUCAUGCAAACACACGUGUCCUGUUGAACACAUGCACGCACACCCACGUGCCUCUACUUAACCCCAGACUGGGGGGGAAGAGACAGAAGACCCCUGUGAUACCCCAUAUGGAUUCCCAUCUGUGUCUCUAUCAUAUCCGUACAGCUUGUCUGCAGAUGGGAUUCAGGUCAAACACCUGGGGCCCUGCUGGGGCUUCGAGGGGGAAAAGGGCCCUUGGGAAGCUUAGCCUCCCCCCCCAUCUCUGUCACCCAUCUCUGCCACCCCCUGAUGGGCAGUUGUGGGCCCAUGGGGUAGAAGCCCCAGAUUAGUCAGCAGGUUAGCAAAGGGGCAGGCCAGAGAGAGGGGGACCAGCGGGAUCUUAUUUUGUGCUUGUGUCUCUUCAUCCUUCUGGGACUCUGACGUCCUUCUCCCCUCCCAUCCCCAGGCCUUAUGUCUGUCCCAGAUAAAGCACUGUUCUCCUUUCCUCCCCACCCCAUCCUCUCCACCAAAUCACUCCCAAACAUCAAGAUCCAAAGGCUGAAGCUUCUGGCUUCAGGAGCAAGAUGAGGAGGCCUAGCUUAGGCCAGCAGGUCUAAAAAGCAGACCGGACAGCAAAGAGUCCAUUUCCCUUUCCUUGGGAGUGGGCAGUGGGGUGGCUGAUGGUCUUGGCCAACCAGGGGCCUGUUGCCCAGGCAACUCACCAGCUCCGCCUCUGUUGAUUGGCUGCCACGGUGGAAGUCAGCCAAGAUUUAAAGGGACGCAAGCAAUUGCUCUUUUGAAAACCUACCAGUCCCACUGUGGGUGGAGAAAUAAAUGGUCUUUCUCCUCCUCACUCAGUCUUUUCCUG